AUGGCUGGGGCUCCUGCUUCUUCUUUAUAUGAAAAUCAAGAUUACGGGCAACGUAUACCGGCUAUGGAUCAUGAACAACUGGAUUUGUUUUCAAAAUAUUUGAAUGGAUCAUCUUGUAGUCAAGAUCGACUUAAAAGGUCUCUAUUCAUUGUGGGACAAAUUGGACUCAAUGAUUACAAUAAUGGCUUAUUACAUGGAAAUAAAAGUUUUGAGGAGGUAAAGAAUAUGGUUCUCAAUGUAGUCCAAGCCAUUAAGGACGCUGUUAAAUGGGUGAUUGGUUACGGUGCUGUAAAAGUCCUUGUCCCAGGACAAUGGCCAAUGGGUUGUUUGCCAAUUUACCUUUCACGUUUUCCCACUAAUGACACUGCUGCUUAUGAUCAAUUUCAUUGCCUAAAGGAUUGGAAUAGUAUUUCAGAUUGUCACAAUUACCAUCUGAGAAACGCCAUUGAAGAACUGAAGAAAGAAUACCCUGAUGUUACUAUCGUAUAUGCUGAUUAUUAUAGCGCUUUUGAAUGGAUACUCACUCAGCAAGAGGAGUUAGGAUUUGCAGCUGAUGUAGAUUAA